GUCCGCUACGCCAUCGCCGAGGAGCUGGGCAGAGGCUCGCUCGUGGGGCCGCUGGCGCGGGACCUGGGGCUCAGCGCGGACGAGCUGCCGGCGCGCAAGCUGCAGGUGGCGUCUGCCGGCAAGAAGCAGCUGAAAUACUUCACGGUGAAUGAGGAGAACGGGAACCUGUACGUGAACGAGAGGCUGGACCGGGAGGAGAUGUGCGGCGGAUCUGCGACGUGUUCUGUCAGCUUCGAGGUGCUGGUGCACAACCCACUGAACGUUUUCCACGUCGAGGUGGCGAUCGAAGACGUGAAUGACAACUCCCCGACCUUCAGGACGGGUUCUUUGGACCUUGACAUCGGUGAAUUAAUCCCACCCGGUGCUCGUUUUCCCCUGGAAGUGGCCCGAGAUGCAGACGUUGGCAGCAACUCGAUCCUGACUUACCGACUAACCAGCAAUCCGUCCUUCUCCCUCUCCGUACGGGACAGUCCGGACGGAAGCAAACCGGAAUUAGUCCUGGAGAGAGCGUUGGACCGAGAGAAGCAGAGUUCGUUUGAGCUGCUGUUGACGGCGGUUGAUGCCGGGGACCCCGUGAGGUCCGGGACUGUCCAGAUUCGGGUCAACGUCAUCGACGCCAAUGACAACCCACCCGUAUUUGCGCAGGACCGGUACCGCGUGAGCCUGCGCGAGGACGCUCCGCCGGGUACGGAAGUACUGAACCUGUCAGCCUCAGACGCCGACGCGGGCACCAACGCCCGCAUCACGUACACUUUCGGGAUAAUGCCGAUCAAGGCACUUCAGAAGUUCGUGGUCGAUGCAGAGAGCGGAGCUAUCACGCUGCAGGACGCUUUGGACUUUGAGGAGGCUCAUACAUUUGGCCUGGAUGUGGAGGCCAAAGACGGGGGGGGAUUGGUGGCGCACUGCAAGGUGGAGGUGGAGGUGCUGGACGUCAACGACAACGCGCCCGAGAUCACGAUUCUGUCGAUGUCGAGCACAGUGCCUGAGGACACACCCAUCGGCACCGUGGUGGCCGUGCUGAAAGUGAGGGACCGCGACUCCGGCGAGAACGGUCAGGUGUCGUGCGAGCUGUCGGGCGAGGAGAACGGGAACCUGUACGUGAACGAGAGGCUGGACCGGGAGGAGAUGUGCGGCGAGUCGGCGACCUGUUCCGUGAACUUCGAGGUGCUGGUGCACAACCCGCUGAACAUUUUCCGUGUCGAUGUGUCCAUCGAGGACGUCAACGACAAUUCCCCAGUCUUCAGCAAGCCUGCUCUGGACCUCGAGAUCGGUGAAUGGACGAUUCCCGGUGCUCGAUUUCCGUUGGAGAUGGCCCGUGAUGAGGAUGUAGGAAGGAACUCGCUGCUGACUUACCAGCUCACCAGCGACCCGUCAUUUUCACUGUCCAUGAAAGAAAAGCCGGGUGGAAAGAAGCAGCCGGAAUUAGUGCUAGAGAGAGCUUUGGAUAGGGAGAAGCAGAGUUCCUUUGAGUUGGUGCUGAUAGCAGUGGACGGCGGUGAACCUGCGAGGUCCGGUACAGUCCAGGUUCACAUCAACGUGACGGAUUUAAAUGAUAACUCACCCGUGUUCAGCAAAACUGUGUACGAGGCGCGAGUGGCGGAGAAUCUGCCGGCAGGGUCGCUGGUGCUGCAGGUGCGGGCCACAGAUGCUGACGCGGGUUCCAACGGGCGUGUUUCCUACUCCUUUGGAAACGUCCCAGGUGGAGUCCGCUUGUUGUUUACUGUCGACAGCGAGAGUGGUGAGGUCAGGACUGUGAGUCCACUCGAUUUCGAGGAGGAAAAUAAAUACGUUUUUGGCUUAGAGGCUACGGACGGCGGCGGACUCACUGAUCACUGCGAAGUUCAGAUCGACAUCACGGACGAAAACGACAACCCGCCCGAGAUCAUCAUUUUGACACUAUCGAGCCCGGUGCCUGAGGACGCACCGGUGGGCACCGUGGUGGCCCUGAUGAACGUACAUGACCCAGACUCCGGCGAGAACGGUCAGGUAUCGUGCGAGCUGUCGGGCGAGGCGCCGCUGUCGAUCGUGGCGUCGCCGGGCGGCUCGUACAAGGUGGUGACGGCGAGCCGCUUCUCGGUGGCCGGCGCCGCCUUCCCGGCCGACUUCUGCGAGGGCACCUUGCCCUACUCCUACAACCUGUGCGUGGCGGCGCCGGCCCGCGCUGUGCCCGAGGCCGCUUGGCCGCCGCCGCCGCCGGUGCCCGUGCUGUCGGCGGAGGAGCUUCUGGGCGCCGAUUCCUGUGACAAGCCGAGCCCCAACAGCAGCGCCGUGAAGGGAGAGCCGCUCGCCGGCUUGGACGCACCGCAGCUGGAGAAAAAAGAAGAGAUGAGCAGGAGGAAAGCUGAGUGUGUCUGGCAACUGAGAAAUCCCAGCGAGUUGUUCUGGGCAAGGCAGCACUCGGUGCUGCAGUGCCGAGAGGAGGCUGCGGGCGCCGCUGUUGACCGAGAGGAGCGAGAGGAAGCUCGGAGCGCUGCAGCCCCGCCCUCUGCGGACAGACUCGCUCGGUCGCUAGCUACCUGA